AUCAGACUGAAGAGUGACAGUGAAGGUCAUCUGUGAACUGGACACAUUUAGUCGAACGAUCACCAUGAAUUCCAGACAGCCAAGUCUUCCUCCACGCAGACCAAUUCUGAUUCAUCAAGGUCCUCCAAAAAAAUACCGGCUAUAUACUGAGAGAAGAAUACUUGAUGAUAAUGGAAAAGUCCGAAAAUGGACUUAUGGGAUAAGAGACACCAAGAAACAAAACAAAAUUAUUCUGCUGGUGGGAGAGACCGGCGUUGGUAAGACGACUCUCGUUAACACCAUGGUCAACUACUUACUUCAGGUGAAGUUUGAAGAUGAAAAAUGGUACGAAAUCACAGAAGAGGAAGCCGGAGACCAAUCAGAAUCACAAACCUCUGAAAUCACCUUGUAUGAGGUCUUUCCUGUAGAGAAAUCUGUAUCUCUCACAAUCAUUGAUACUCCAGGAUACGGAGACACUAGAGGACUGGAAAAGGAUCUGGAAGUUGCUGAGAAUUUAUCUGUUCUGUUUCAGAGCAAUGAUGGAGUUCGUGAAGUCGACGCCGUGUGUUUUGUAACUCAGGCGUCUAAGUAUCGUCUCUCAGACAGACAGCAUUACGUUAUCAGUUCAAUUCUGUCUUUAUUUGGAAAAGAUAUUGUGAACAACAUUGUGUUUUUAAUCACAUACUCUGAUGGUAUGCCACCCAAAAACAUCCUCGGUGCCAUUAAUAAAGCUAAAAUCCCCUGCAGACGAGACAACGCAGGCCAACCUGUUUAUUUCUUAUUCAACAAUCGGCAGGCUGAUGAGCGUCACAGUGAAGAACGUUACAUUCUUGCUCAAAGAAGCGCAUGGGAAGAAAGCAUGAAAGGCAUGAAGAAAUUCUUUCAGUCUGUGAAUGAAAUGAACAGAAAAAGUUUGGAGUUGACUUCAGAUGUCCUGAUUGAGCGCAUUCAAUUUGAAGCAUCCAUCUGCAACUUACAGCUGAGAAUUCAAGAGAUGGAGCUGAAAAAGGCUGAAAAACUUCAGAUUCAGGAGGCAAUGAUGCUCAACAAGGAAAAGGUUGAACAGUGUAAAAACUUUACCGUUACAUUAAAAAAGACUGUGAAAGUGAAGGUGCCCAUUGAAAGUGCAUCAUGGAAGAACAGGAAGGCAACGACCUGCACCGUCUGUGAGGAAAACUGCCAUGAGUUUGGCUGCUGGUGGGCUUCUAAUCCCAGCAGAUGUGAAGACAUGAAAAACGGCUACUGCACAGUGUGCACAGGGAACUGUCAUCACAGCAAACAUAUCAAAGAAAACAAGAAAUAUGUCGUCAGAAACUCAAACAUAAAGAUACAGUUUGACCAACUGAUGAAAGAAUACGAAAAAGCUCAAGAAGAGUCCAAGACGUUUUCGGCUAUAAAUGAUAGACUUGACAAAGAUCUGCAGGAGAUCGAGGACCAAAAGUCAAUUCUUCUGUUUAAUGCUUACAGGACCAUCAGGCAUCUGUCUCAGAUCGCAUUAAAGCCAGACUCGGCGUUCACUCUUCAGCAUCUCGACUUCUUCAUUCCCAGAGUGAAGGAGGCUGGGAAAUUGAACUGGGUCAGACAGCUGGAGGAAAUGAAGAGAAACGCUGAAGCUGAGGAAGCAAACAAAGACGCUCUGAGUUACCUUCAAGCUGGUCUGGCAAAACUAGAUCUUUUCUUUAGUGGGCAAUGAAGAUUAAGAAGACUGCUUACAAUGAGAAAUCAAUGCAGGUGACUCCCUGCAAAUCUGAAAAUAAUGACAUUCAUUUAACCAUAGUAUCAAGUUCAUUUUCAUCCCUGCUUUUAGUGUUUAUUCAAAACUAGACAAGCUUGGUAAUAUUAUAAUCUCCUGUUAAUUCAUGAUCUGUAAUCAUACUGCAAAUUAGUAUUUUAAAUUUCUGGGUACUAGAUGGUAGCUUUAAAGGCAUAAUAUGUAAUAAUUUUUAAUUAAAAUAUCCAAAACUACCAGAACAAUGUUAUAUAUUUUGUUGAUUUGUGCACUUAUAUUAUAUUAUGAGAAAUCUGUAGUGUGUAAUGGCCCAUGUCAUUGUGCACAUUAUCCUCGAUUU